AUGGAGGGCAAGAACGUCUUUUAUUGGUUCCCGAACCACAAGGCUUGGGAGAAACUGAAGAAGAGGUCCACUUCGAAUUUUCCAGUGCCCAAGCAAAGAUUAGGGCUUGUUGGUAGAUCCAUUAAUCUUAACUUUGGGUCAACUAGCUCUACUGGUGUUGGUGGAUCCAUUAAUUUAAAUUUUGGAUCAACUAGUUCUACUGUCAUGGAACAGCGAGGAGAUGAUCACCAGGAGAUUGAAACUCUUCCACUGCUCCCCAUGCAUAGUGAAGACAUCUCUGGCAACAAGAAGACUACUUCCGAGAGAGGUAGCGGCGAUGUCCACUAUUUCAGUGGUUGGGGCGGCUACAAUGGUGGCUCUCGUAUUUCCCUUGAGCUCAGCCUCAACCUCUCCGGAUCUACUGACUUGGCUUAG